AUUGCUUUCAGUUUCUGUCUGAGUCACCAUGUCCCUUAACUCUUCUCGCCCAGGCUCCAACCCCACCAUGCCAUACCCAUUCUGGAUGAGAGGGAAUACCCAACUAGGGUUGAACCAAAGGGUGAAUCACCCAACAACAAAACAACGCUCCUGGGUUAACGUUCAUCCGAGAGAAACACCGCACGUAGCACCACCACUACCACCACCGCCACCCAUAGUUACCAACGUCAAAGCAAGUGACUUGCUGAAAGAACAAUUGCUCCGUGUGCCAGCAUUAGCCAGGGUUCUCGGUGGCACUUGGUCGCGCACCACGGCGGGGGCACAACCGGCACCGCCGCUCAGGCCCAGGCUUCAUCGUUUUCUGGACGAUUUUGGCACUGAAGCUACCCAGAAGAGUACUCCGCAGAAGCCAAGUGAAGCAGCAACGGUGAUUAACAAGGAGAAGGAGGAAGCUGAGAAGAAGAAGGAAUCUGAGAAGAAGAAGGAAGCUGAAGCUGAGAAAAAGUACGAUGGUCGAAUCCAUAGCAAUCCGCACAAGAAGAACGGGCCUUACACGUGCCCAAAGUGUAAGGGCGUGUUCGAGACUUCUCAGCGGUUUGCAUCGCACGUGAGUUCGAUUCACUACAAGUUUGAGUCGAAAAUUGAGAGAAAGAAGAGGUUGAUGGCGAGGUACUAUAAGAGAAACCCUCGUGUUGAAUGGGUGAAUGGUAAACCUACGAUUGUUUGGGGAAAUAGCAAGAACACUAGUGUGAUUGCUCCUCCUCCUCCUCAGGCUCCUCCACCUAGGGUUCUUGUUCCAAAAACUGAGUGUGUUGUUGAGGAGCUUCUUCCUCCUCCUCCUGGAUUUGGAAAACCAAUUCCUCCUCCUCCGGGAUUUGAGAAAGUGAAUUAUGCUAUACCUGGGUUUCACCUUCCUUUUGGAUUUCAUCAUCCUUUUCCUUUUGGAUUUCAUCAGAAAUUACCUGUUGCAGCACCACCCAGAGGUGUCCAAAUCAAACUGGAGAUUCAGUAGAUGAACGAGUCUCGGUAGGGUCUUUAUCCAUUUUAUCCAUGGUGUAGUUGUUUCAGUGACUGAAACAACUAAAAAUAAAGUUGUUAAUGCCAUGAAGUAUAUCAAUUAGCAGGAUCCUUUUUAUCCAUAUGGUGUAGUUGUUCUUGUGUUCUUCGUCUGAAAAAACCUAAAAAUAAAUUAUCUUUAGAAAUGAAGUAAUGUCA